CAAGGGCACACUAGUUUGGAGGCUUCUUCGACCUAAUCAGCUCUAAGCUCUGAUCGUUCUUCGAGUUCCAGAAUCCCAGUCAUCUAGAUGUCGAAGAAAAGAGGGCUUUCGCUGGACGAGAAGCGUGAGAAGAUGCUUCAAAUCUUUUACGAGUCUCAGGACUUUUUCCUGCUCAAGGAACUUGAGAAAUUGGGACCAAAGAAAGGUGUGAUCUCUCAAUCUGUGAAAGAUGUCGUCCAAAGUCUAGUGGACGAUGAUCUUGUUUCAAAAGACAAGAUAGGAACUUCUGUGUAUUUUUGGAGUCUUCCCAGCUGUGCUGGAAAUCAGCUGAGAAAUGUGUAUCGCAAACUUGAAUCUGAUCUUCAUAGCAGUAAGAAGCGGUUUCAAGAGCUUGUGGAGCAGUGCGAUUCUUUAAAGAAAGGACGAGAGGAAUCUGAUGAAAGAGAGAAUGCUUUAGCGGAGUUAAAAGCCAUUGAGCAAAAGUAUAUGGAGUUGAAGGCUGAAAUAAAGCAGUAUGCGGACAAUGAUCCAGCUGCCGUUGAAGCAAUGAAGCAAGCAAUAGAAGUGGCCCACUCAGCAGCUAACCGGUGGACAGACAACAUUUUCACACUGCGGCAGUGGUGUUCAAACAAUUUUCCUCAGGCCAAAGAGCAGCUUGAAAACCUGUACAAGGAGGCAGGAAUAACAGAUGACUUUGACUACCUGGAGAUAUCACCAGUUCCACUCAGCUCAGUGGCUGAUUAGAAACUUGAAGGCAAUAGCUCAUACUUCUAAUGGGAUAUGAAGUGCAACCAUAAUGCACAUAAUGCAUUGGUGACUAGUAAUGCAACCUAAAAUUGUCAUGCAAUUCUGUUUCUUCUACUUAUGUUGCUGUCCUAGAUAGUGUUUUUAUACAUGCCUGAAGCUCUGAGAGUAGGGUAAAUUUGAUCCCAAAAAAGGGUUAUCAUCGUUGUACGAACGGUUUGGAUAUGAGGGGAUUUGCGUGCCCUGUAGACUUGUAAGACAGCCUGUUCUGUUUGUAAAUGCCGGCUUGAGAUUUUCAUCAUAGUGUUCAUUUCAGUUGUAGAAUCAUA